UGCGUUGUGUCGUAGCGUUGCUCUGUUGCUGUUGCGGAGUUGGGGACUGUCAGCAGCUAAGACCAGAUUUCAGCUCGCAGCGUGGAACCCUGGAUCGGUAUUCGAGCGGCAUUCGUAGGGCCUGGAUACGGGAACUAACAGCAAUAAGCCGGCGACGCUUAACACAAUGACUGCUUACAAAUGAGUGCCUGGUUAUUUGCAAGCCAGGACUGCUGUAAUUUUCUGAUCAGGUGCAGAAAUUGGUUUACAAUAACCCGGCGUAGGUGUUGGUUGAACAGUUGGACUGUCCAUGAACGCAAGGGUAGAUAUGCUUGAAUCUGUCUCCCAAUGCUCAGCCCCUACUCACUACUUACGAAGAUCCUGACCAUGAUUGAUUUUGUUGGAACAAGAGCGGAAUUAGUUGAAGGGCGGUUGCUUCCCAAUCAUCACUCUCAAUUAUCUGGACGUCACAACGUUUAGCUGCAUGUCGUGGAUUCCAUGCACUUGCAUAUACUGAAAACAGAUGAGUAAAUGAAUCAUAAAACGUGAUCAUUUCACGUUUGGAUAGUUCACGCUUCAAAGAAUCAUAAUGGACAAGAUAUGGGACUGAAUAGCAUGAACUAGGGAGACUCGGCUCAAGGUCGGAUUAACACCAAUAGGAAAGAUCACAUUUGGUUGACUUGCAUCAGUUUCAUUGCAGCCGGAGAGUCUCUGCCGGCACGACACAAGAUUUCGCUCAACGACCAGAAACGACCGUCACAUAGAUUGCAAAAUGGGCUUCAGGGAUAAACCUAAAUUUAGCGACUGAAUUUAGCAUCACUUGUGUCUACCAUGCUUUAGUAAAAUAUGAAGAUUAAAAUGGUUACCGUAUUUCGGAAUAUGACAGUAUAGGUGAAGCUAAAAGUGAUUCAUACUCGAGUUUCAACAAUCGAGUUGAUAAGUCCGCAGCCAUGGCGUCCCCGGUUAUGGUACAAACGUCAUUAUCUUUCAUGGCCAUUCAAGCAUUAGCCGAGAUUCACCGCGUCUUCAACCGCGCCGAGCGUAACAAACAGGACCCAUGCGUGCCGAUAGUCAAAGAAAUCAUGCAAGCGCGAGACAAAAACAUUGUUCUUCACGGAGUAGGCAGAGAAGGCCUCAUCAUACGAGGCUUCGCGAUGCGGCUAUUCCAUCUCGGCUUAACGAAGGUGCAUGUGUUCGGCGACAUGGCCACGCCGCUGCUAAAAACAGGGGACCUACUCAUUGUGACAAAUGGACCAGGAUGGCCCAGUAGCGCAGACCCAAUCAUCGGCGAAGCAACGGCUUCAGGCGCAAGGGCGCUGGUCAUCACGGCCAAACCUGACGGCGCAGCUGCGGUGCUCGCAACAACGAUCGCUCUCGUUCCCGCGCAUACCAUUGCCGACCCCGACUUCCCCGAAUUCCCCACGGGAGAAGAAGACGUGCCCCCAGAACUCAGCAUGAUGGUGGAAGGUAGAAUGCCGAGGCAGCAAGUUCACGGCAAUCAGAGAGCACACAUGGUACCAGCCGGAGACCCCAUGGCUGCAGCGCCGAAAGGAAAGAAGAAAUCUACUGCAAAACAGAAUGAAGUGAUUGUGGCAACGGAAUCUGCAACACCUACGAGGAAAUUGAAAUUAUCUACGAAUCAAGACAAUGUGAUUAUGGCAUCGGAAGCUGCAGCCCAAAGGAGUUCCCAGAGAGACUCGAAUGCUCGAAGAUCAACCAUGUCCGGUAUUACAUUGUACCCACCAGAGCCGGCUCGAUUUGAAGUAACGGAUAACAAGAUUCUACCCAUGGGCAGCGCCUACGAGGGGGCGCUCUACAUCUUGUUCGAGAUCGUUGUGUACACACUCCGGGAGAAGCUACAAGAGACGCUGCCUGUGAUGCGCGGCAGGAAUACCAACUUGGACCACUUUCCACCGACGCACGCUUGCGGGCCCCCACCGCCGCCGCUGCCGCCGGCCCCUCCUGACCACUGCGGCCGUUAGCACGACCAGCAGCCAGCGUCCUCCUCCGGGCUUCCGCCGGUGCUGGUCGCCGCUGCUGUUCAGAAGACCUAAUAUUCUAGUUUUUGAUAACCUAUUUUAUAUAUUCGAGAAUUGUAAGCGGCUGUAACACUCCCAUCUUUCAAAUAGGAAUUAAUAAAACUAAUUGUAACAGCUAUGUUUUGAUUCUUUUAUUA